AUCCUACCCACUCACUGAGCUUCCGUGGGGUACAGAUCAUGCCACUGGACUGCAUUUGGAUAAAGGAUGAGUUUGGUGUUUCAUUGAGGAGUCUUCCAACACAUUUUCCAAAUUACCUUUUAAUGGUGUUCUAAGUGAGCUUAUGUGACACAAAUAGUAUUGGAUCAUGAGUGAAGAAAAAAACUUUGGUGCAUCCCAGAAGAUGUUGUCUCCUUCAAGAAGUACUAGCAGCUGCUCCUCCAAGCAGGGAAGUCGACAGGACAGCUGGGAAAUUGUAGAAGGACUCCGGGGAGCAAUGAAUUGUACCCAGGAGCCACAGAAGCAGGAGGGCUGCUUGCUGAAAAAGAGGAAAUGGCCUCUGAAAGGCUGGCACAAGAGAUACUUCUUUUUGGACAGAGGGAUUUUGAAGUAUUCUAAAUGCCGAGCUGAUAUAGAGAGAGGAAAACUUCAUGGCUGUAUUGAUGUUGGACUUUCUGUCAUGUCUGUAAAGAAAUCAACAAAAUGUAUAGAUUUGGAUACAGAGGAGCAGAUAUACCACCUGAAGGUGAAGUCCCAGGAGCUGUUUGAUGAAUGGGUCGCAAAGCUUCGGCACCACAGAAUGUACCGCCAGAAUGAGAUCUCCAUGUUUCCUCACGACGCCAAUAACAUUUUCUUCCCCGUGUCUACUACCACGGACUCUGUCCCAGGUUUCUGUGAUUCUGCACCAAGUAGAAAGGCAGGCAGCUUGACCAAACAGAAUUCAACAUCAACUGGAGGUAAUUUGUCAUUUUCUUUUUCGAGUAAUGAAUCAAGGAUUUCAUCUUGGCUACAGUCUUCUGAAGACAUGGAAAAAUGUUCAAGAGACCUCUCCAACUGUCACACAUAUUUACUGGAAAUGAACCAGCUGUUACAGAGCAUGGAUGUUCUUCACAGGACAUAUUCAGCGCCUGCUAUAAAUGCUAUGCAGGUUGGACCUUUUGAAAGCCCAAAGAAGGAAAAGAGAACACACAGGAGGUGGCGAUCCAGAGUUGUUGGGAAAGAGGCUAAAGGAAUGUUACAGGUGCCUUCAGUAUUUUCUGCCCCUAUGAGACUGCAUGCUUCCAAUCCAAACUUAUCUACAAUAGAUUUUGUAGAGGAGAAAAAUUACUCUGAUGGCUCUGAAACAUCAUCAGAAUUUACUAAAAUGCAAGAGGACUUAUUUCACGUUGCACAUAAAGUUUACUUCACCUUGAGGUCAGCUUUCAGCACCAUAUCUGCAGAGAGAGAAAAGCUGAAGCAGAUGCUGGAGUACGAUGCAUCCUCAUCUCCAUCUGCACAAAUAGUGGGCUUGAAGAAUGCCUUAACAUCUGCAAUAGCACAAAACACAGAUCUUAAAGACCGGUUACGCAGAAUACAUGCCGAAUCUAAGAUCAUUGAUUCAGCAUCUAAUGCAAAAUCAAGCCCAGAUUUGGUGAAGGAAAAUUCAAGAGAGGAAGGCAGAGGUCUGGUUCACCAGGUCUCCAAUGAAAGCAGACUGUCUGUCGCUGACUCUCUCACAGAAUUCUUUGAUGCACAGGAAGUCCUGCUGUCUGCUAGUUCUUCAGAAAAUGAGGUAUCAGAUGAUGACUCAUAUGUAAGUGAUAUCAGUGAUAAUGUCUCAGAAGAUAACCUAAGCAAUGACAUGGAGAAUGAAAGACAAACUUUAGAUUGUAUUUCUGAAAGCGGAAUCGGCUGCAAUUCUAAACGGAGAACGUGUUUACCAGCUCCAUGCCCUAACACAAGUAACAUCAGCCUGUGGAAUAUCCUGAGGAAUAACAUAGGGAAGGAUCUCUCCAAAGUGGCCAUGCCUGUUGAGUUAAACGAGCCCCUGAACACGCUGCAGCGCCUCUGCGAGGAGCUGGAGUACAGCGAGCUCCUGGAUACAGCGGCGCACACGCCAAACCCCUUCGAGAGGAUGGUGUACAUAGCUGCCUUUGCAGUCUCUGCCUAUGCAUCCAGUUACUACCGAGCUGGAAGUAAGCCAUUUAAUCCUGUGCUUGGAGAAACCUAUGAAUGUAUCCGUGAAGAUAAGGGUUUCCAGUUCUUUGCAGAACAGGUCAGUCACCACCCACCUAUUUCUGCAUGCCAUGCUGAAUCUGUGAACUUUGCUUUUUGGCAAGAUGUCAGAUGGAAAAACAAAUUCUGGGGGAAGUCCAUGGAGAUUGUUCCAGUUGGCACAACACACGUAACUCUUCCAGCUUUUAAAGACCAUUUUGCAUGGAACAAGGUGACAUCCUGCAUCCAUAACAUCUUAAGUGGGCAAAGAUGGAUUGAACACUAUGGAGAGAUCAUCAUAAAAAAUCUCAAUGAUGACACGUGCCACUGCAAACUGACUUUCAUAAAGGCAAAGUAUUGGAGUCCAAAUGCACAUGAGAUUGAAGGCAGUGUCAUGGAUAAAUCUGGGAAAGUUGUGCAUCGACUCUUUGGGAAGUGGCAUGAAAGUUUAUACUGUGGGACAACUUCAUCUUCAAACUGCAUAUGGAGAGCAAACCCAAUGCCUAAAGAUUAUGAACAGUGGUAUGGAUUUACACAAUUUGCACUGGAGUUAAAUGAACUGGACCCACAAACUAGGUCAUUACUCCCAUCCACUGAUACACGUUUUAGGCCAGACCAAAGGUUUCUAGAAGAAGGGAAUAUUGAAGGGGCUGAAAUACAAAAGCAGAGGAUCGAGCAGCUACAACGAGAACGACGGAAGGUGCUAGAAGAAAACAAUCUAGAGCAUCAGCCUAGAUUUUUCAGGAAAUCCAGUGAUGACUCCUGGGUGAGCAAUGGAACCUACAUGGACCUUAGGAAAGAACCUGGUUUUUCCAAACUGGACAAUCCUGUCCUCUGGUGAAAGAGGAGCUAAGUGAAGACAUUCUGUGCUGUAUUCUUGGAUCUGAUUUAAAAGACAUAUAUAUAUUAAAAAUAACUAUAUAUCUAUAUAUACACACACACAUACAGAAUGUGUGUGGUGUGUGCAUAUGUGCAAAUGUGCAUAUCUCCAGAAUCAUGCUUAAUUUAGAAUCUGAGAAUUCAUUUGUUUCCUUUACUCAACUAUUGCAGUGAUUGUUUGAAUGUAUAAAUAUCCUAACUUCCUUUUAUAAAAUAUUUAAUAAAUAGUAAUGAAUGUU